UUCAACCCGUGAAUAGUCGGUUCGGAAAAGGUUCGUAGCGAGUCGCACGUGUGUGACAAAAUGCUACUAGUGCUUCUUGGUUUUGUCGGAGCGUUGCUGCUCUUCCAAUACAUCAAACUACUGCUGUGGAAUAGCUAUGCGGACAGGAUUCCAUCGUUGCAGCCGGUAUAUCCGCUGCUCGGCCAUAUCCCAGUGUUCUGGGGGAAGAACACUCACCAGGCAUUCGAUGCCGCCGUUAGGUUGCUGAGUACGGUGGAGCGCGUCGGAAAGCUCAUGAUCGGCCCGAAACCGUUGAUCAUCAUCAACCAUCCGGAUUUGAUGCAGCAAGUGUUGACCCGGAACGAUGUGUACGAUAAGCCGUUUCUCUACGAAUUCUUCCGGCUGGGCAAUGGACUGAUCAGUGAAAGAUCUGGUGAACAAUGGCUGCAGACAAGAAAGCUGGUUGGUCCUACUUUCAAUACAAAUAUGCUGACGAGUUUUCUUCCUACAAUGGACGGACGGGCAACGAAAAUGGUUUCAAAACUGCAAACCAUGGCCGACGGACACACCGAGAUCGACAUCUACCCGUACAUAUCGACCUGCACAUUGGAGAUUGCGCUUAGCACCACCAUGGGAAGGAUGGACGAUGAAAUCCCAGGCCAACAGGAUUACAUCCAUAAUUUGGAAAUAAUAAUGAACGCCAUAGGGGCACGUUUGAUAAACGUCAAUCUUUGGUUAUUUUAUAGCUUUUCUGAAGCUUAUAAAAUAGAUGAACGAGCGCGCAAGAUUUGUUAUGAAUUUACAAAUAAGAUCAUCGAGGAACGGAGACGUGAAAUUCAAAAUGAACCAAUUAAUUGUGCAACCGAUGAUGAAUAUAUUAAAAAGCGAAUGAAUACGUUGGAUCAAAUUUUAACAGCCCGAAGGAGUGAUGGAACAACAUUUUCUAACACAGAGCUCAUUUACCAGCUAUUCACCAUAAUGUCCGCUGCCAACGACACUUCAGCCCUUACAAUAUCCUACACGUGCCUUUUUUUGGGCAUGAAUCCGGAAAUUCAGAACAAAGUGUUAGCCGAAAUGGACCGAGUAUUCUACUCUGCCGAAGUGGCGAUCAACCAGGAUACCUUGAAGCAGCUCGAAUACACCGAAAUGGUCAUCAAAGAAGCACUUCGCAUUUGUCCAACGGCCCCGUUCGGAGCUCGUCAAACCUCCAGUCAAAUCUUUUUGGACGACAUCUGUGUGCCGAAAGGUGAAAUAUUGGCUUUCGAUUUGUACACUCUCCAUCGGCGCAAGGAGUUCUGGGGUCCUGAUCCGGAGCAGUUUGACCCGGAACGGUUUCGCCCGGAAGCUGUUCAGCGGAGGCAUCCGUACGCGUUUUUGCCUUUUUCCGGGGGUGCCCGUAACUGUAUAGGACACCGGUACGCGAUGAACGCAAUGAAGAUAAUGCUGCUGAGGCUUCUGCAGUGUUUCGAAGUGCGAACCAAUCUAAAGCAAGCGGACUUUAAGUUUAGGUAUGAAAUAACAGCAAAGUUGGAGGGACCCCACAGUGUUUGGUUGGUCAAACGGAAGAAAUGAAUGAAGAAUUAUCUGAUGAGCUCCACCAUGAUUAAAGUAUUGAAAUUUGUUUUUGAAUUUGAUCUGUGCGUGAGUAGACACUACUUCAUCCAUUUUCUGAUAACUUAGAAAUCAUGGUUUGAAAAUAGAUAUAAACAUUUAUUGCCGUUGUUGUUUGAUCUGAUUGAACAGCUGAGUUUUUUUAAUUCAUUUUGAGAAUUUAAAUGAAACCAAUAAAUCAUU